GUGAGCCUGGGCAGCUGGUAGGCCGCAUUAACCAGCAGGACCCCCUUCGCCGGUUUGAUGGCUAUGCCAAUGAGUCGGCCACAAGCAAAAAGAUUGCUUACAACGUCUUUAAGAAAGGAGACAGCGCCUACCUGUCAGGUGAUGUUCUGGUUAUGGACGAGCUCGGCUACAUGUACUUCAAGGACAGGAGUGGCGACACUUUCCGGUGGCGAGGGGAGAACGUUUCAACCACGGAGGUGGAGGGCUGCCUGAGUCACCUCCUGAACAUGACUGAUGUGGCAGUGUACGGGGUGGAAGUGCCAGGUAUCGAAGGGAAGGCUGGAAUGGCUGCCAUCGCUGAUCCCGACAACAAAAUCGAUCCUGACCUCUUCUACCAGGACUUGAUAAAGGUGUUACCCCCGUAUGCCAGGCCAGUCUUCCUCCGCAUCCUCCCUGUUGUGGACACCACAA